AUGUCUCUCUCGGCCUCUUUCAAGACUUUCAACACAGAGUUCUCGGCUGCCACCACUCGUAACACUCAGCAGAAGCGCCCUGCUGCUGCCGCUGCUGCUACUCCUGCACCACGUCCCUCCACUCCGUCGACCCAGCCCGCAGACCUCAAGCGCAAACGCCAGGACCUCCCACAAAAUGCCGCAUAUUCCCAACCCGCCGACACGGGCUCAGGCCGAGAAGUCAUGACACAAGUUGUCUAUGCCAUCGAUUAUCUCAAGUCCAAGGAUCGUCCAAUCAGUUUCACUGAUAUCUGGAACUACCUCUCUAUCCCCGCCAACCAGCAGCAACACCGUCAAGUCCUGCGCAGGGCGCUUAUGGAGCACCCCAAAGUCGACUAUGACCCCAAAGGCCUGGAUGGACAACACCCUUCUUUCCGUUUCCGUCCCAUUCACAACGUUCGCUCUGCCGACGAUCUCAAGGCCUACUUGCAGCGUCAAUACACGGCUCAGGGCAUCAGUGUAAAAGAACUCAAAGAAGGUUGGCCUGAUGCUAUUCCUGAGAUUGAGCGUCUCGAGUCAAGAGGCGAGCUUCUGGUUGUGAGACAGAAGAAGGACAACAUCCCAAAGAUGGUCUGGCCCAACGACCCCUCGCUCGACCAGCGUAUAGACCAAGACUUCAAAGACUACUGGUCAAAGAUCACUCUGCCUGCCAACCCUGGUGAGCUAAGAGCCGAACUCGAGAAGGCUGGUCUCACUCCCACCAGUCAAGUCAAGGAAGUCAUCAAGGUUUCGGGUGGAAAAGACAAGAAGAAGCGUACUUCGAGAAAGGUUGGCAGAAGUACCAACACUCACAUGGUGGGCAUCCUCAAGGACUAUUCUCAGAUGAAGAAGUAG